UUAGCGAUCAUUAUUUACCUUUGGGUCCUAAGCUAAGAUACUUAGAAAUAUCUUUCUCUCUAAAAUCGAACACUUUUAUUACAUACUUUCACCUUUUUACUUCAGUCGCCGGAGUUCUCUCCCUGCGCCGCCGCAGCAAUGUCCUCCACCACAGCAUCCGGCGACGGCGCUCCAUCCCUCCACUUCGAUACGCCGGCUCUGGACCGGGAGUCAGCGGCGCUUCUCCACUCCAUUUCCGAGCACGGCGGGUACGCGUACGUCAGCAUGGCAGCGCUGGCGGCCGGGGGCGACAUUCGCGCGGCGGAGGCGGCGUGUGAGAUGGCGUGGGAGCAGCUGCACUCCGGGCCUUGGCACUCAGUGCUGCCGGUGUGGCGCGACGCGUACUCCAUGGCUUGCCUCCACGUGGCUCGACACCACUAUGGCAACGGCGAGUUCAGGGAGGCGCUUAGGGUUUUAGAUUUGGGAAUCAUCAUGGGAGGGACGCUCCUCCGCAAGGAUUUGGACUUCGCCGUCGCGAAAGUGUCGGAAGAAACUCGAAGGAGCGUUAGGGUUUCUGAAUUGGGGGACUCGGGACACCGGUUCGUCGAUCGAGACUUUAAUGUGGCAGAGGUGCUCCAACUUUUACCAAUGAAGUCUCUUUCUUCUACGCUUGUGGUCAAGAAAUCAGCGCUGUCGUUGGAUAAAUUCCUAAAGGAUCAUUACCUGACUCGCUCUCCGGUUAUUAUUAGCGAUUGUAUGGCUCACUGGCCAGCCAGCGCGAAAUGGAAUGAUGAAGAUUACUUGUUGAGAGUUGCUGGUGACCGCACAGUUCCGGUUGAGGUUGGAAAAAACUAUUUAUGUGCUGAAUGGAAGCAAGAGCUGAUUACUUUUUCAGAAUUUAUUCAGCGGAUAAAGUCUGGUGCCUGUUCUCUUGGUGGUCCUACUUAUCUUGCUCAGCAUCCAUUAUUUGAUCAGAUAAAUGAGCUGAGGAAAGAUAUUUUUAUUCCUGACUAUUGUUUUGCUGGUGGAGGGGAGCUACGGUCUCUCAAUGCUUGGUUUGGUCCAGCAGGAACAGUAACACCAUUACACCAUGAUCCGCAUCAUAACAUACUAGCUCAGGUUGUUGGAAAAAAAUACAUUAGGCUUUACUCGUCAUCUUUGUCUGAGGAACUUUCCCCCCACUCUGGUACCAUGCUCAACAAUUCCAGCCAGGUUGAUUUAGAUGAUGUAGAUGAAAGGAAGUUCCCCAAGGUGCAAGAGUUGGAAUUUGUAGACUGUAUUUUGGAGGAAGGAGAAAUGUUAUAUAUCCCGCCAAAAUGGUGGCACUAUGUGAGGUCUUUGACUACAAGUUUUUCAGUUAGCUUUUGGUGGAGUGAGGGUGACAAUUCGGAUGCAUCCUAAUCCUAUGCCAUCAUUUUCAUCUCUACUUUUCAUUCUUUCUUAAUUGAGAACUCAGCGUGUUCUAAGUAACGUUCCUAAUAUCUGUGACAACUCGUUUUACCAGUGAUAGUAUAAUUCUCGUGCAUAAACAUCCUUUUUGGCACUGGUUCUCGUGAAAGACACACGUCCUUUAAUUAUUGAUCAUAAAGCUUUGUGAAUUUGAUUCUGAAA